AAAGACUGGUCAGCAGUGUACCUCUCCCCUUAGCUAUGGUAAUGCAAUUACUGGAUAAUGUCUAUUAAAUAAAUGUGCCCAGGCGCCUUCCUGGGAGGAGAGGAGAGUGGUUGUUCGCUACUGUCCCUUCCUGUACAUACUGAUCUUUAGGGGUUCAAACACUGGCACCUGCCUCCAGUGGCAAAACUAGUGUCUCCAGCAGAGUAGCCAGGGCUUCAGUGAAACUGGAUACCUGAAGGACUGGACCCAUGGCAAACUGGAAAUGACACAGCCCACACUCUCGGGCCUCCAGGCCAGGGCUGCGGCCAAUUUGUCGAUCUUCCUUCCCUUGGCUGGGGAUGAAGGAGGUGGAGCCGGAUACCAGUGCUUGGAGCUGGUGGUCCCCGGGCAGGGCUGAGCUCUGCUACCUUAGUGCGGUUGUGUGUCUUUUCUUGCUUUGGCUGGCAGGGUUGGAGAGGGGUGAAGGAGGGUUUGCCUCAAGGGAGAGCAUGAAGUCGGGGUGAGGACUGCAGGGUGGGUAGGGAGCAGCAAGACCGCUGCCGGGACCCAGAGCUUCGGAGGAUGCUGGAGUGUCUGCAGCAAGGGAUGGUAAUUUGUAGAUGGUUCCUGGUAGCUACAAGGUCUCUGAGGCGGAGCCUGGGCCUUUGCAUAUGAAAAUCCAGCCUGGGUUCCCCGGUGGGUCAAGCCGCGUUGGGGCGGGGCCAAGGUUGGCUUCUGCCGGGGAGGAGCCGGGAUGCCGCUCCCGCUGUGAUGCAGAAGGGAAUUUGCGGACAGUCCCUUGCCAGGUGGGGCUGGUUUCGCCCGGCCAGAGAGGAGGAGGACCGGCUGGCAGUCUCCUCCCAGGUAGGGAGCGUGUUGCCUGUCACCGCAUCCCGGCGGCCUGAGUACCUUGCCUUGCUGGGGCCAUGGCGCCGAGGGCGCGGACGUGAGCUUUGGAGGAGCCACUGUUGUGGUCAGGAAUUAAGCAGGGACACAGCCGGGACACUUGAAAUCACCUGAGGACUGAUUAAGAGAAGGGAGGGCCAGUGACAGCGCAUCUGCCUGAGUCCCAGACCUCACCGGCUGCUCCAGCAACGCCGUAGCUGAGUGGGGCCUCCAGGCCUGAGGGAACCCUUUGCAGGAGAACUGACUCAGGGAGCCUCCCAGGAUGGCUGUCUCGCCAGGGAACCUGAAUGUGGUGGGAAAGGGACAGAACUUUUCGGCGGGUGACUGCUUCCAAUCUCAGAACACCGUCCUGCAGGGUCAGCCCUUUGGGGGGAUCCCCACCGUGCUGUGCCUCAACGUCAUCUUGUGGGUGGUCAUCAUUUUGGUUUACUCCUUCCUCCGGAAAGCCGCGUGGGACUAUGGGCGCCUGGCUCUGCUGAUCCACAACGACAGCCUGACCUCGCUGAUCUAUGGGGAACAGAGUGAGAAGACGUCUCCCUCGGAUAUUUCCCUGGAGAUGGAACAUAAGGACAAGGGCUUCUAUUCCUGGUUUUUCAACACCAUCACCAUGAAGAACGAAGAUCUGAUUAGCAAGUGUGGAGACGAUGCCCGUAUCUACAUCACGUUCCAGUAUCAUCUCAUCGUCUUUGUGCUUAUCCUCUGCGUCCCCUCCCUGGGCAUCAUUUUGCCCAUCAACUACACUGGAAAUGUUCUGGACUGGAAUAGUCACUUUGGUCGGACCACCAUUGUCAAUGUCGCCACAGAGAGUAAGUUCCUGUGGCUGCAUAGCCUCUUCGCUUUCUUAUACUUCAUCACCAACUUCCUCUUCAUGACUCAUCACUGCCUAGGGUUUGUGCCCAAGAAGAGCUACAAGGUCACAAGGACGCUCAUGAUCACCUAUGUCCCCACGGACAUCCAAGACCCAGAAAUCAUCAUCAAGCAUUUUCAUGAGGCCUAUCCAGGGUGCGUAGUGACCAGAGUCCACUUCUGCUACGACGUCAGGACCCUGAUUGACUUGGAUAAUCAGAGGCGCCAUGCGAUGCGGGGCCGGCUCUACUACACGGCCAAGGCCAAGAAGAAGGGAAAGGUGAUGAUCAAGAUCCACCCCUGCUCCCGCCUCUGCUUCUGCAAGUGCUGGAUUUGCUUCAAAGAGGUAGAUGCAGAGCAAUAUUAUAGCGAGCUGGAGGAGCAGCUGACUGAUGAGUUCAACGCCGAGCUCAACCGCGUUCGCCUGAAGCGUCUGGACCUGAUCUUUGUCACCUUCCAGGACUCCAGGAUGACGAAGCACAUCCGGGAGGAUUACAAGUACAUCCACUGUGGUGUGCAGCCCCAACAGUCCUCGGUGACCACCAUCGUCAAAUCCUACCACUGGAGGGUUGCCCUUGCCCCACACCCCAAAGACAUUAUUUGGAAACACCUGUCCGUCCGCAGCUUCCAUUGGUGGGCCCGCUUUAUCGCAAUCAACACCUUCCUCUUCUUCCUCUUCUUCUUCCUCACCACGCCUGCCAUCAUCAUCAACACCAUCGACAUGUACAACGUCACCCGCCCCAUCGAGAAUCUGCAGAGCCCAGUUGUGACCCAGUUCUUCCCGUCCCUGAUGCUCUGGGCCUUUACGGUGAUGAUGCCUCUGAUUGUCUACCUCUCCGCCUUCCUCGAAGCCCACUGGACCAGAUCAAGUCAGAAUCUGAUCAUAGUGCACAAAUGCUACAUCUUUCUGGUGUUCAUGGUGGUCAUUCUGCCCUCUAUGGGACUGACCAGUUUGGAUGUCUUUUUCCGCUGGCUCUUUGACAUCUACUAUCUGGAACAGGCAUCCAUCAGGUUCCAGUGUGUGUUCCUGCCGGACAAUGGCGCCUUCUUCGUCAACUACGUGAUCACGUCAGCUUUGAUUGGCACCGGCAUGGAGCUGUUGCGCCUGGGGUCGCUCUGCCUGUACACCACCCGGCUCUUCUUCUCCAGGUCGGAGCCAGAGAGAGUCCACAUCCGAAUGAACCAGGCCAUGGACUUCCAGUACGGGCGCGAGUACGCGUGGAUGAUGAACGUCUUCAGCGUGGUGAUGGCGUACAGCAUCACCUGCCCCAUCAUUGUCCCUUUCGGGCUGCUGUACCUGUGCAUGAAGCACGUCACCGACCGCUACAACAUGUACUACUCCUACGCGCCCACCAAACUCAACGAGCAGAUCCACAGGGCCGCCAUCCACCAAGCCAUGUUCGCUCCACUCCUGGGUCUGUUCUGGAUGCUCUUCUUCUCCAUCCUGCGAUUAGGGUCCCUACACGCCAUCACCUUCUUUUCUCUCUCCACCCUCGUCAUGUCCACAAUAAUUGCCUGCCUUGGCACUUGCCUGCGGAAGCUUCAGAGAACAUCUGACUACGAGCCCGAGGAGGAAAUGGAAACUGUGUUUGACCUGGAGCCCAGCAGCACCUCCUCUACGCCAACUUCCCUUCUGUAUGUGGCCACCGUGCUGCAAGAACCGGAGAUGAACCUGACCCCAGCCUCCUCCCCCGCCCGGCACACCUACGGCACCAUGAACACACAGCCGGAAGAGGGAGAAGAGGAGAGUGGUGUGAGGGGCUUUGUGAGGGAGCUGGACUCGGCCCAGUUCCAGGAAGGGCUGGAACUAGAGGGCCAGAGCCAGUAUCACUGACCAGGACCCGAGGCCUCCACCUGGCGACUCCGGCCCCGAGUAACGGCCAGGGGAGGGCCCAGCAGCAGGAGGCAGGAGGGCGCCCUGGACCGCCCCACUACCUCCUGCAGACCUUGGGAAGGCCAAUGGAGCCCCGGCUAACUCUCAGCCAUGUGGAGGCCCCGACCUGCUGACCAGCUAGAACAGGAGAUGCUGGGCAGUGCAGAGGGACCCCUGGAUGGGAUGGCGGAUACGGGCAAGCACCAUGUCUCCGGAGCCGUGGCCGGAGCCCUAAGCAGAGACUGAAGGCUGGGGGACUUUUCUGGGUCACGAUGGAGAAGGUGUGUGUAAGGAAGGAGGCAGGAAGAAACCCACCGGAGACUCCCUGCAGUCUUUGCCACCCUUCUACCAGCUGCCCUGCCCGAGGAGCUGCGGCUGCUGCCCUCCCCCCCUGCCCUUCCGCAGCCCGUCCUCCCCUGCAGUCUGACGAAGCAAAGGUAUGUGUGCUGGGCCUCAACGGAAGACGCAGAUGGCCGCCACCUCCAGGUGUCCCUGCAUGGGGAUCUGUAAAGAGUUUCUGCAGCCUCCAGGCAGGGGCGGCUGAGCCCACAGACUUGAAGGAGGUGACCGAGCCCCUUCCUGUUCCUCUGCCCUCAUCAGAUGUCCCCAUGAGCAGCAGGGUAGAGACCUUCUCCUCCCUAUUCCUGCAAGAGCAGCUGGGACUUGGUCCCUCGGGAUUCAUGAAAUGGGACCUAUGCGCAUUUUGAUGAAGCCACCAGGGCUGAUGGCUGUAAGGUGGACGGGGCAGAGGCAGAAUUUGUCAGGCCAGGAGGCAGGGGAGGGGGCUUCUCCCAAACCAUUGAGUGAGAAACCAGACAUACCUCUCCAAGCUCCAGGGCCUAAUGAGAGGACCCCCUCCCUCCGGCCCAAGGUCAAGGAGAGCCACUGAGAGCUGCUCUGCCUCAUAUCCAUCUGAACGCCUAGACCACCGGUAAGACCGAGGUGGGCGGCAGCUUCGGGUGAAAAGCCCAUGCUGUGGACCGAAGGCGCUGGCCUUUCCCGGGCCUCUGCACAGGCCCCAACUUCUCCUCCCAGGGCCACCCAGCACUCAACUGAAGAGCAGUCAAGCGGCCUCCAGUGCCGUCCUGGCUCAGACACAGGGAUGGCCUACAGGGGGUUGGGGUGUCCUCCCUGGACAGCCCCUCCCAGGGCUGUCACUAUCUGAGGCCUGGAGGGGCCAGUACCUGAGUAGGAACAACACUGGUGACACCUAGCCCCAUUGUCACAGGCAGAGGGGUGCAGGGCUCAGCCUCUGGGACAGGCCCCCAUCAGGACACCGGGCAGCCGGUGUGGGAAGGCACAAAGAAGGGCUGGCUGGAGCCCCGGUGGACCAGAAUGAGCCAAAUCAAAUGAGGUCUGUGUGUUCUAGAGCUUUCCAGAAGUCCCUUCUCCAAACAUCUGGGCCCCUGCAGCCAACCUGUUGAAGGCGGGCACGCAGGGUCACCUCCCUGGGUGUUUCCCAUCAACCUCCAGGCACACGGGGGCCCCUGAGCUUGGAGCACCUGGACCUCACUUUGCUCACGUCUCAGCUCCAGGAGCUCCAAGCUUGACCCCAGAGGAGAGAGAGCACUUGCAAGGCAAACAUUGCUCCCCCUGGAGAGCUUGGCCCAGACUUUGGCAUGAGGGGUCUUUUCAGAGAGCCUGGGUCAGCUGGGGUGGUUGCGGUCUCUCCUUGUCCAGGUAGGAAUAAGGAGGAAAUUCUGCCUAGCUGGUUCCUCAAAACCCAGGCCCACAGGGCCGCCUCCUCCAAGCAUUCACCAGCCAACAAGGGGAAGGGUUGGAGUUCCUGUUGUGGUUCAGUGGGUUAAGAACCUGACACAGUCUCCAAGAGGAUGCAGAUUCAAUCCCUGGCCUCACUCAGUGGGUUGGAUCCAGCAUUGCCGCAAGCUGUGGUGUAGGUCACAGCUGCGGCUCAGAUGCUGAGUUGCUGUGGCUGCAGCUCCGAUUUGACCCCUAACCUGGGAAUGGCCAUAUGCCACAAAGGGAAAAAGGGGAGGGCGGGGAAUGGUUCUUUCCAGGCAGUGUGGUCAGGACCCAGAAGGGAGCUCCUCCCGCCCUGGGGACUGGCUGGCUCUAGGCCCUGCUCGAUCCCCUGGUGUGUGGCAAGGGGUGUCCUGCCAGAAGCUGGCCUCAGGGCUCACCGUCCCUGGGCACUACUUGCUGGCAUCGGCCCACAGUCUCCGAGGCCCCAGCUGGACAGUUGCAGCUGCUUCUGCCUCUGUGUGCCUCUCUCCUCCCCCUGCCCACCCGGCAGCCUGUAGAAGCUGGAAAGGGCCCCGGCAAAUGACACGGCCACACGGCUGGUGCCGCCCCCUCUGAAUCUGGGUCAAGUGUGGUCUGGCUCUGAGAGAAGGUAAUGAAGAUGCUGAGAACCUUCCUGACUCGUUCACUUCUCUACUCUUCCUGGAGACCCAGGACAACCAGCAAGGCCCAGCCAGAGCUGCUCACCUCUCGUGGCCACUGCGGGGGGUGUGGGCCUGCUUCGGCUCCUUUCACACCCCACCCGGGCCCCCCUCAGGCCUCCCCCCUCAACGUGUUCUUUCGACCCACAUGUGUCUCACCCAUCGGCCUCCACCGACCACCACCCACCCACCCCACUGCCCACUGCCUCCCGCAUCUGUCCCCAAAGCACCGCCUCUCAGACCUGACCCUCUCUGGAGGGCGCUGCCUCUGGGGACCAAGUGUGACCUAAAGCCUCCGAGAAGUGCCCCUCCCUGGGCCCAGGGCAGCUCCGGGCCUGCCUGCCUCUUCCUCAGACGCUUCUGGAAGCAAAGUGCCUAUCAGCAGCAUCGCAUCCUCUGGGGACCCCAGUGGGGAGUGUGGACUUCCUUUGGCCACCAACACUAAAGGAAUGUGCCAGAAUGCCGAACCUUCUUGUUACUAACGCUAUGACCGUGCCUUGAAUAAACAAGUCCUCCCAACCUC